AUGGCUACCUCCGACACAGAGCUGCGUGACCACGCGAGGUCCGAGAAUGCACUAUCAGAAAGAACAAAUUACAAUGACUCCAGUUCGGAAGAAACUGAGUUUGCGCCCGUUCGGUCUGGCACGUCUCGCCCGCAGAGACACGAUGAACAUGCGCAAACCCACGAGGACGAGCAUGAGAACGAAGACCACUCCCUUGCCCGACGACAAACCACAAACUCGUCCCUUGGCAGAGAACAAACAAACGAAGACUGGGCCGAGAUCGAGCGCUUAAUGUCGCGCAUGUUUGGUCGCGAACGAAAGGAAAAUUCCGAGGAAGAAAAGACAAGACACUCCGGCGUCCUAUGGAAGAAUUUAAACGUCAAAGGUGCUGGGUUGGGUGCGGCGCUGCAACCUACUGUGGGCGAUCUGUUUAUGGGAUUGCCUAGGAAGAUCAAAGGGUUGCUUACGAGGGGGAGGAAUGGUGCUAGUACAAAAGUGCCUGUCAAGACUAUUUUGCAUGAUUUCACGGGCUGCGUACGACCUGGAGAGUUGCUCCUGGUCCUUGGGAGACCUGGGUCUGGGUGCUCGACUUUUCUAAAGGUAAUUGGAAAUCAGCGGGCUGGAUAUGAAGAGAUCGAAGGAGAGGUUUCAUAUGGAGGAACGGAUCCACAGACCAUGGCAAAGAACUAUCUUUCGUAUAAUCCCGAGGAUGACCUACAUUACGCGACCCUCACCGUCAAACAAACACUCAACUUUGCACUUCAGACUAGGACACCUGGCAAGGCAUCUAGAAACGAAGGGGAAAGCCGAAAAGACUACCAAAAGACCUUUCUCAGCGCCAUCACCAAACUAUUUUGGAUCGAGCACACCAUGGACACCAAAGUAGGCAAUGAGCUCAUUCACGGUGUGUCCGGGGGUGAGAAGAAACGAGUGUCCAUUGCCGAAGCGAUGAUUACAAAAGCCAGUACGCAAUGCUGGGAUAAUUCUACUAAGGGACUUGAUGCCAGCACGGCGUUGGAGUAUGUCCAAAGUUUGCGCAGUCUGACGAACAUGGCCCAGGUCUCGACUUUGGUUGCCUUAUACCAGGCAGCUGAAAGUUUGUAUAAACUCUUUGAUAAAGUCGUGCUGAUCGAAGAAGGUCGUUGCGCAUAUUACGGUCCAAUAGACAAGGCAAAGGCGUACUUCGAGAAUCUAGGUUUUGAAUGUCCUCCACGAUGGACGACUCCAGACUUUUUGACUUCGGUUAGUGAUCCACAUGCUAGGCGUGUCAAGUCCGGCUGGGAGGAUCGGAUUCCUCGAACUGCAGAGGAAUUUGAAAGUAUCUACUUGAAGAGUGAACUAUACCAGGCAGCGAUCAAGGAUGUCCAAGAGUUUGAGCAAGAGUUGGGAAAGCAAGAAGAGACGCGUGAAGCCGCACGGAGUACUAUCAAACAGAGGAAUUUUACCCUGUCUUUCCAUCAGCAAGUACUGGCUCUCACCAAGAGACAGUUCCUUGUUAUGAUAGGAGAUCCACAGUCACUAUAUGGCAAGUGGGCUAUGAUUCUGUUCCAAGCUUUGAUUGUUGGAAGUCUUUUCUACAAUCUUCAGCCGACAAGCUCCGGCGUCUUUCCUCGCGGUGGUGUCAUGUUUUAUAUCCUUCUUUUCAACUCGCUUCUUGCCCUUGCGGAACUUACUUCAGCAUUUUCAAGUCGACCAAUUUUGUUGAAGCAUAAAGCAUUUUCCUUUUAUCGACCAUCGGCAUAUGCCUUGGCUCAAGUGGUGGUUGACAUGCCACUUGUUGCAGUCCAAGUCAUUAUAUUCGAUCUUAUUGUAUACUUGUUUGUGUCCCAGUCUAACUAUGGUAUCGGCCGUACUGACUUGCAUAGUAUGGCAGAUUUAUCACGAACGCCAUCGCAGUUUUUCAUCAAUCUUUUGAUUAUAUUUGUGUUGACAAUGACUAUAUACUCUUUCUUUCGGGCCAUGGGCGCUCUGUGCUCUUCACUUGAUGUUGCCACUCGAAUCACUGGGGUUGCCUUGCAAGCUCUAGUCGUCUACACAGGCUACCUCAUUCCUCCAUGGAAAAUGCACCCAUGGCUCAAAUGGCUUAUCUGGAUCAAUCCAGUUCAAUACGCUUUUGAAGCCCUCAUGGCUAAUGAGUUUUACAAUCUCAACAUCGAAUGUACCCCGCCCUACCUUGUACCUGAAGGCCCAGAUGCAUCUCCUCAACAUCAAAGCUGCUUUCUUCAAGGUAGCCAGCCAAACCAAAUAGUUGUACAAGGUGGCGACUACAUUGAAGCCGCAUACACAUAUUCGCGAUCUCAUUUAUGGCGCAAUUUUGGCAUCAUCAUUGCAUGGCUCAUCUUUUUUGUCGUGCUGACCAUGAUCGGAAUGGAGCUACAAAAGCCGAAUAAAGGAGGUAGUUCCGUGACUGUUUUCAAGAGAGGUCAAGCACCGAAGGGUGUCGAUGAUGCACUUAAGAACAAGACCAAUCCUGGAGACGAGGAAGAUGGAAAUAAAGUGCAGAACAAUGUCAACACAGAGGAAGAAUCUGCUGGAGGAGAAAAGAGUGUUGAGGGUAUUGCAAAGAAUACGGCUAUAUUCACAUGGCAACAUGUUAAUUACGACAUUUCGGUUAAAGGAGGUCGGAAGAGACUCCUGAAUGAUGUCCAGGGCUAUGUAAGGCCUGGUCGACUGACUGCGAUGAUGGGAGCUUCUGGUGCUGGAAAAACCACUCUUCUCAAUGUCCUUGCUCAAAGGGUCAAUACAGGAGUUGUGACUGGCGACUUCCUGAUCAAUGGCCGUGGGCUGCCUAGAAGUUUCCAAAGAGCAACGGGAUUCGCAGAGCAGAUGGACGUUCAUGAGCCUACCGCAACUGUUCGCGAAUCUUUAAGAUUCUCUGCCAGACUACGACAGCCGCGUGAGGUUCCUUUGCAAGAAAAGUACGAUUACUGCGAGAAGAUCAUUGAUCUGCUCGAGAUGCGGCCAAUAGCAGGUGCUACUGUAGGUUCUGGUGGCUCAGGACUUAACCAGGAACAGCGCAAGCGUCUCACAAUCGCAGUCGAGUUAGCAAGUAAGCCCGAACUACUUCUCUUUCUUGAUGAACCAACGUCUGGUCUGGACUCACUUGCGGCGUAUAAUAUUGUACGGUUUCUUCGUCGCCUCGCCGAUGCCGGACAAGCUGUGCUGUGCACAAUCCAUCAGCCAUCGGCAGUUUUAUUUGAGCAGUUUGAUGAUCUGCUACUGCUGAAGAAUGGGGGCCGUGUGGUGUAUCAUGGAGAAGUAGGUUCAGAAGACUCCCGCACUAUGAUAGACUACUUUGAACGCAAUGGCGGAAAAAAGUGUCGAAGGGAUGCGAACCCUGCAGAGUAUAUGUUGGAGGUCAUUGGAGCUGGUAAUCCGGAUUAUAAAGGCCAAGACUGGGGAGAUGUAUGGGCCAGCUCUGAAGAACACGCCGCGCGAACGCGAGAAAUUGAAGAGAUUGUUACAUCGAGGAGAAACGACACGACGAGUCAAGAGACAAAGGAUGAUAGAGAAUAUGCCAUGCCGGUAUGGGCGCAGAUUAUGACGACCACCAAGCGGUCGUUUAUAGCAUAUUGGCGGUCACCCGAAUAUCUUCUUGGCAAAUUCAUGCUCCAUAUCUUUACCGGUCUGUUCAAUACCUUUACAUUCUGGAAACUUGGACAUAGUUAUAUCGACAUGCAGUCGAGACUGUUCUCUGUCUUCAUGACUCUGACGAUCUCACCUCCACUCAUUCAACAGCUCCAACCACGAUUCCUCCAUUUCCGAAAUCUGUACGAAUCGCGUGAAGCCAAAGCAAAAAUUUACUCCUGGCCAGCCUUCGUUGUCAGCGCUGUUUUACCCGAGAUUCCAUACUCAAUCAUAGCAGGCUCUAUUUAUUUUAACUGCUGGUACUGGGGCAUCGGAUUCUCUCGAGACUCGUUUACUGCUGGUUUCACCUACAUCAUGAUCCUUCUUUUCGAGCUUUACUACGUCAGCUUCGGACAAUUUAUUGCCGCUCUCUCGCCCAACGAACUAUUCGCAUCGCUUAUCGUACCAGCCUUCUUCACUUUUGUUGUCUCCUUCUGUGGUGUCGUGGUGCCUUAUUCGGGUCUGCCCACUUUCUGGAGAGCAUGGAUGUACUGGCUUACGCCGUUUAAUUAUCUACUGGAAGCACUUUUGGGUGUCUUGGUGCACGAUCAGCCGGUGCAAUGCGUGGCUCGUGAGGAGGCUAGAUUUACUCCACCGCCAGGCUCGACUUGUCAGAAUUAUACCAGUGCUUUUACAGCUGAGGCUGGUGGGUACGUCACCGAAUCUGAUGGGAUGUGCUCUUUUUGCGCAUAUGCCACUGGCGAUCAAUUCGCCUCCAGCUUCAACGUGUUUUACUCCCAUAAAUGGCGCGAUUUUGGCAUCUUUUGGGCAUUUAUUCUCUUCAAUUUCUUUGUGGUAUUCGCACUGUCAUGGUUUUAUCUCCAUGGCGUCCAGGACCUGAAAAAGGCACUGAGUGUACAAAAGGCGAAGAAGAGUAGCAAUUCAAGCGGCGGAAUGGCUGAGAAGAGUCGUCCAGGGUCGACUUCUUCUAAUGAGUAG